AUGUUCAACCUAAACCUCAACCUUUCCUACCAAAACAUUCACUUCCGCCACCCCUCCUCCUCUUCUUCCUCUCCCAUACCGCUACCCACUCUCCCCCCAGGAAUCUCCCGCUCCUUCAUCCCUACUCCCCACGGCGACCUCGAAAUCCUUCACACCUCCCCUUCCCCCUCUACCUCGUCCCAACAACCAGCCCUCUUCUUCAUCCACGGCGGCAUGGGUUCCGCCUCCGUCUGGCUCGAGUACCUCACUUUUUUCUCGGCACAGGAUGAUCCAAAAAUCCCUUGCUACGCCAUCUCCAUGCGCGGCCACGGAGGGAGUUGGUACCCUUCCUAUCUGAGGAUGGUGUAUGGGACGACGAAGGGGGAUUUGGCGGGGGAUGUUGUGGAGGGAAUAAAAUGGGCGGUGGGGAGGGAGAGGGAGCGGUUGGGGCUAGGGCACCAGGAGGGAAAUGUAAGGGGGGCCAGUGGGGAUGGAAAGGAGAGGGGGGAUGUGGAAAGGGGGAAAGAAGAGGAGGUGGAAAUGAUACUCGUCGGGCAUUCCGCUGGCGGAGGUCAAGCGCAGUACAUCCUCAGCAGCGCAGACCUUUUGAGCGGCUUGGGGGUGAAGGUUAAGGGGUUGGUGUUGAUGGGUGCUAUGCCUGGGUUUGGGUCCCUCCCCGUCUACCUAAACUGGUUCGCCCUCGACCCCCUCUUCACCCUCCGCCUCCUCCUCCACCUCUGGCACCCCAACUCCCCUCUCUCCCACCCCUCCCUCGUCCGCCGCAUCUUCUUCUCCUCCAACCAACUCCCCGACUCCUAUCUCUCUCGAUUCAUGUCCUUCAUGAACCGCUACGAAUCCCUCCUCUGGCCGCUGGGGAUGUGCUACUCUUUUGCCAAUCCGGAGAAGGUAUUAUUACAAAUAUCUGGCUGGGGGAGCGAGACGUCGAUACGGACACAGACACCGGGGAAAAGGCAGCGACAAGAAAGGGUGUUGGUGAUUGCGGGCGAGCAAGAUGUAAUCAUGACGCAGCCUAUUAUGCAGAGGUUGGCGGGGUGGAGGUUGGUGGAGGGGAAGAAGAUUGAUGGGGCUGUGGUGAGGGAGGAGGAUGAGACGGUCGAGGAGGAGAUUGAGAGGGAUGACGGCAUCGAAGUGGAGGGUUCAGGGGGGUCAUCGAAAGACACAACGGGGAUGGGGGUCAGGUACGCAAUCGUUCCCGGGGCGGGACAUCACUGCCAGAAUGAUGUGGGGACACGUUUUCAUGCACCGUCAGCGCCAAUACCAAACCUGUUGCUAUUGUCAUUCAUUGCUUCGGCUCUCUCCUCUGAUCGUCUCUCCACUUCACUAUCCUACGUAGGUAUCAAACCUAACUCGGAGACAGAAAGGUAUACGUACAACCCGAUGAGAACUCAAAAAUGA